CCGAAGCGGCAGUAGGCAGCGGCCAAGGCAGGAGUAGCUCCCUCGCGAUUCACGGGAGCCUUCUCAGGCCCCCGAUCCCAGCUCCCGGGCCCCGCGUCCACAUCGCGGCAGCUGCAGAGGCCAGCGCGGAGACAGGAAGCACCCGCGCCUUGACAGCAACUGCCUGCACACAGCCCAGAGAGCCCGCGGGAGCCACUCUGCGCCCGCGCCCCUUAGCGCCCUCUUUGCCACGGGCUGGCUUUUUAGGGACGCCCAGUCGCGAUGGCAGGACGCGCUCCUUUCCGCUUGGCCCGGGGGGUCCGGAGCCCCUGGCUGCUAAGCUGCCUGUGGGUCUGGGCGCUGGGCGGCCUGUGCGGCCUGGGCUCGGCGGGCUCUCCGCGCCCGUGCCAGGCGCCGCAGCAGUGGGAGGGGCGCCAGGUCGUGUACCAGCAGAGCAGCGGGCGCAACAGCCGCGCCCUGCUCUCCUACGACGGCCUCAACCAGCGCGUGCGGGUACUGGACGAGAGGAAGGCUCUGAUCCCCUGCAAAAGAUUAUUCGAGUAUAUUUUGCUCUAUAAGGAUGGAGUAAUGUUUCAGAUUGAGCAAGCCACCAAGCAGUGCUCAAAGAUUUCCCUGACUGAUCCCUGGGAUCCUCUUGACAUUCCUCAGAACUCCACCUUUGAAGACCAGUACUCCAUCGGGGGGCCUCAGGAGCAGAUCUCUGUCCAGGAGUGGUCCGACAGAAAGUCUGCUCGAUCCUAUGAAACCUGGAUUGGCAUUUAUACAGUCAAGGAUUGUUAUCCUGUCCAGGAAACCUUCACCAGAAAUUACAGUGUGCUACUAUCCACACGGUUUUUUGAUGUGCAGCUGGGCAUAAAAGACCCCUCAGUGUUUACCCCUCCAAGCACGUGCCAGACGGCCCAGACAGAGAGGAUGAGUGAGGAAUGCCCCUGAUGACCCUGUGGACACAGAAGUGGCAACCUUGGACAUCAGAUGCCCAGGGCCCCAGCUGGAAACAGAUUUGAGACCGAAUGGGAUGAAAAUCUUCACUGGAGACAAAUAUGAUUUUCGAAAGAUAAACAUUGAUAUGAGUUUUUUGUAUGUCUGAUUUUGACAACUCAAGCUGUGUUUACAAAAGAAAAUUGAAGGGAGUAACAGUGGUAAUUUCAGUUGACUAGAUGGCUAAUAUAGACAUUUCACAUACAGUUAUGUACCACACAAUAUAUUUUGAUGAAUGAUGGGUCAUAUACACAAUGGUGGUCACAUAAGAUUGUAUCACCUCAUGACAUCAUAGCUGUCUCAGUUUGUGUAACUCUGUAGGCUAUGAUAUUCACAAAAUGACAAAAUUACUCUGUGAUAAUUUCCUGGAACACGUCCACAACACUAAAUGGUGCAUGGCUAUAUUUCUAAAGCCUGAUUGACCUGAUUUCUGCGUGUUCAAGUGCAUGCCCAGCGUAGUGACACAAAGAAGUUAGAGGUCAGUAAGAGCAGUUUGCCUUGACAAGGAGUAUUUUACUACGGGCAUCACUGAGAAUUGUUGGUGAUAAUAAGAAGCUGAGUGAUGCUUGUCAGUUUUAGUAUUGGUUGUUAAGUCCCCUAAAGAGGAGACUCCGUGUGUCACUGCACCAGAGAAGUAACUGCUCCCCACCCCUGGCCCCCACUGCUCCUGUACUCCCUUGUCUACUGACACGAUCCCUUCAAAUUCCUUCCAGAAUUAAGAACUGUAUGAUAAGACCCAAUGGAUCUAAAUAUCUUAGAAGGAAAUGAAAGGCUAUAAUAUGAAAUAUUUAUUCCUCUAAAAGACUUGUAAGCAGAAGGGUUUAGAAUAUUUUAAUACCUCUGUCUAAUGGGGCAUGAGCCAUGUAUGCUUCCCUUUUUUUGGUAUGGAGUAGUACUGAUAUAUGUGGUAAACCUUUUGCCACUUGUCAAUAAACAGGGAGAGCUGUACAAUAGCCCUGAGCUGGGAGUCAGGAGACUAUUGUAUUCUUGAUUCAGGAUUAGAAUUCCCUUGUACUGUAAUCCCUCUGUUCUUAAAUGCACUAGGCUUGCCCUGAACGUGGCCUUCCUGGGACCGAUUCACAACCUUGAUGUCUAUCUGACUUCUGAUCACCCUCUCCCUACACCACCCAAGUCACUUGCCCAAGAUCUUCUCACAGAGCUGCUCCCAAGCCUGCUUACUUGCAGCUUGAGCAUGAUUUUCUCACAAUACUUGUAUACUACCGUCCACUAUCUCAGCUAUGAGCUCCUUGAGUACGGGUAGCAUGGGCCGUUUACUUUAUAUCCCCAGCACCAAGUAAGUGCCUGGCACAUGGUCAGUGCCCUAAGUGUUUGUAGGGUGGAGAAUGCUAGCCGCUGUGGUCCUUAGUUUCCUGUUCUGUUAAAUGGGAUUGGGUUUGCUGAUCACUAGGGAUCAGUAGUAAAAUGUAUGGCUCCAGAUUCUUCUGCUAUUGUGCUUCAUCUGGCCAUCUAUCUUUAGUUACCAAGAUAAACGUGUAAUACCUAUAUUAUGCUGAAAACAAUCUAUAUUACUAACAGUCUAUCUUUAUUAAUAAAUGAAUUUAUUUGCAUUUCAAAGUGUUUCUUGAUAUAUUGGCUUUUGUAAUAAAUAUGGAUAAUCUUGGUAUAAGGGAGUUAAAUCCUUCUCAAAUAAAUAAAUAUACACAUAAAUAAAAUUCUA